GGGGGGCAGUGCGGGUUGGAGCACUUAUUCCAAAAAAAAAAGAGCGGGUUGGAGGUCUGGGGAGGCGGCGGUAGGGUUUCCAUUCAGAGGGCGGACCAUGGCGAGUUCAAGCAGCUUGAGCAGCACGGGAGGUCCCCGAUGGGGCUCAAGGGAAGGGGGAAGAUCAUCCCCUAUCCCUUACCGGCAGGGCCCCCUCGACUAUUGGCCUCCGGUCCUCUGCAAGUGCGGCAACAAGGCGGGAAGGUUGACUGCGUGGAGUGAUGAAAAUCCUGGGCGAAGAUUCGUCAAAUGUUUCAGUGCUACGCCGGCAAUGGGAGGAUGCGACUUUUGGCGUUGGGUAGAUCCACCGCCGUCCCCCUUCCUCCGGGAGCUUCUUAUAGAUCUGCGCGACGCCGUGAGAGCACUGAGGAUGGAGAACAGAGAGCUACAAGGGCGAGUUGGUGAUGCAGCACGACAGCAAAUUUGGCCGGUUUAUGCAGCAGAGGAGCAGAGAGCGUUGGCUGAGCCAAUUGGAGCAGAGACGGUUGCAGUGGUGACUAAGAAGGCAGAGGAGAAUGCUGAACUGAGAUGCAGGAUCUGCUCACUAGAGAAAGAAGUGUUUAUCUUCAAGUUUCUUGUGGUGACAUGUGUUGUUGUAGUGUUAGCAAUGGCUUGGGUUAACUGGCCAUGAGGUUGUAUGAAAUGUAAAUUAGGAUCUAGUUAA